AUGGGCGGGGCGGAGGACGACGUUGACAAGGCGCUGCUGCUGCGCGGCCUGCAGGCCCUCGGCAUCCGCGAGCUGGAGCCGUCUGACGUCUUCUCCCUGUCGGUGCUGCCGGCGCUCGCAUCCGCCGACGCGCCGCGGCUGCCGCCCGCCACCCUGGCCGGCCUCCUCGCGUUCCCGGUCGUGGCCGGCCUCAUAACCGACGCUGAGCUGGCGGCCCCGGCGGGGCCCGCGCUGGCCGUGGUCGACGCGCGGGGCGAGGGGGCGGGCGGCGGCGGCGCAGAAGCGGCCGGGGGCACGGGCCAAGAGGUCGACAUCUGGUCUGCGCAUGCGGGAGGAAGCGGUGCGUUUGGCGGCGGCGGCGCGCAGAGCACGCUGCAGCGGUUGCGCGCCGUCGCGGUGGUGUCCCUGGCGGGCGGCGGCGCCGCGCGCCUGUCGGAGUCGCUCGCCCGCGUGCGCCGCGCCGCCGCGGCCGCGCCGCCGCCGCCGGGCAGGGGCGCGGUUGAGGGCGCCGCCGCGGCUGCGGUCGCGACAGCCGAGGCGGCCGCAAGCGAUGGCGCCGGCGGAGUGCCGACCGUCUACCUUCCGUUGGCCCUUGAAGCAAAGAUCGAUCUCGCCGGCCUCUUCCCAUCUGUUUCCUGGCGCAUGGUCGACCCUGCUUACGCAUCCGCGGCCCCCGGCAUGUCGCCCGCCGCGUGGCGCGGCCUGCUGCUCGCGCUCGGCGCGUGCGAGGCGCCGCCGGUCGCGCUGCGGCGCGCGCGGUUGACGUGGCAGCAGGCGCUGCUGUCGGCGUGGAAGGCGGCGUGCCCGUCAGUUGGCGCCGCCGCGGGCGGCGGCAAUGACGAGAUCACGUUUGAGGAUGCCGUUUGGCCGGAUAUCGAGGUUCUUAUUGGUUCCAUCUUGAAGCAGGGACAGCCGGACGACGACGACAGCAGUGGCGCGGCAGCGGCGAGCAGCAGCGAAUUAGCCGCCGUCCCCGCCGCACGAGGCAAAGGCGGCGGCAGGCGCGGCGGCGCAGAGCGGCAGGGGGGCCUGCGGGCGCCGCUGGGCGGGGGCCGGCGGCUGCCGCCGGCGGCGCUGGCGCAGCUGUCGGCGGCGGCGGCGCUGGUGGGGUCCCUCUGGAAGCAGCUGGAGGCGGCCGCGGCCUUGGCCGCGCGCCGCGUCGACGCUGGCGCGGCAGCGGCGGCCCCCUCUGCAAGGCGGCCCGGGAGCAGCGCUGCAGUUCACCUGCCGAGCUCGCUGCUGCUGCUGCUGCAGCGCACGCCGUGGCUGCCGUCGCCUUGGGCCGGCGGCAGCGGGCUUGCGCCGGGGCGGCUCUUCCUGAAUGGCAGCGAGGCCCACAGGCUGUUUGGCGCCUCCGGCGUGCCGUAUCUGCUCCCGUCGCUGCAGCAGCAGCCGGGGCUGCCUGGGGCCAUGGUGCGGGCGCUGGGCCUGCGGGCGGACACCGGGCUUGACACGCUCCUGGAGGUGCUGCAGGCCUGGAGCGACCAGGCGGCCGGCGGCUCCUUCACCACGUCUGUCGCCCAGAUGACGGCCCUCUACGCGCACAUGCUAGACCUGCUUGAGCACAACCCCAGUUCGAUACCGUCCGCCAGCGCCGCAUUUUUGGAACGGCCGCUGAUAUGGGUGCCAGACCGCGCCGCGCUCCCGCGGCCGGACGCCGCGACCUGGGCUUCGGCCGGGCGUCCGGCGGCCGCGGCGCCGCAGGGCGGCGGCGGUGGUUGGGGCAUGCUGGGGGACCCAUAUGCCGUCCAGUCUGACUAUGGCUUUUGGCCCGACGGCGGCGCGGGGCGGCAGCGGCCGGAGGGGCCGAAGCACGCGGGCAAGCAGCUUCCGGGCAGGUUCUACGAGCCCGGGCUCGUGCGGUGGUUCGACGCGACCGGCCUGCUCGAGGCCCUCCCCCAAGAAACGAUCCACACGCGCGUGCUGGCGCACGCCUACGGCGCCGCCUGCGCGCCGGUGCAGGCCCUGUUCACGCGCGCGCUGCAGCGGCCCCGCGGCGGCGGCGGCGGCGGCGCGGCGGCGGAGGGCGGCGCGUGGCAGCAGCAGGGGGAGCAGCGGCGUGCGGUGCCGCUUGUGCUGGUGAACGAGACGAUCCCCGACUGCCUGCGCGCGCUGGAGGCUGUGGCGGCGGGUACGCCGGAGGUCACUGCAGACAGCGAGGCGUUCCGGCAGGUCGCGACCGUCUGGAGCGUCUGGAGCGCUGCCAUUGCCAGGUUCAAGGACACAGGCGGGAUAGGGGGCCUGUCCCAGGCGAGCCAGCAGUUCCUGCGAGACCGCAUCGCCCAACUCAAGGUCUUCCCCACCACCAGCGGCGCCUGGGUGUCGCUGGCGGAGGGCGGCCUGGUCGUGGACGAUGACGAGGCGCUCUCCAAGCUGCUGACAGGGAUCGAGGGCAUCCACUUCCUGCGGGUCCCGCCGCCGCUCGGCAAGCCCGCGGGGCGGCGCGCCAGGCGAGCGCGAGCCUGGCCGCUUUGA